AAUGAAGAAGAGUAGGGCCAGCAAAAAGUCAACAGCCAAGAAGUCUCUGUUUUAUGGCACCCUUUUCCAGUUUCCUUUAGGACCUUUACAAUAAAAUAAAAAAAUUAAUAAAAAAUAAUUUAAUUGUUCAUUCCCAGACUCCCACGAUAGCGGUUAUAAAUCAUCACACAGUUCCUAAGCUCGCAUAAAACUUUAAUUUUUCCAGUUUUAUUUAAUUUUCCCUUUUUAAAGAAAAAGGUUUCAAAUGUUCUCUCUUUUAUUUCUUUAUUACUCGUCAUCAUUACCAUUCUGUUUUUAUUCAAUUGCUUGUGCGAAGUCAUCAGAAGAAGAAGAAGAAAGGGGCACCGCCAAAUAAACAAAAGCCAAGCCAUUUUCUAGCUUUCAUUGGAUGUUUGAGAAUUUAGGCAACAAGUUUUGAUCUUGGAAGGUGGGUUUGGUUUGGAAUUUGGAUUGGAGGUGAUUACAAGAGGUGGAUGCUGAAGAUUUAGCUCCAGUACUUCCUAUUUUAUGGAUAGGUUAUGCUGUUUUAGCGGUUCCUACGCUCAGUUUGGGGGACGUUCAUCAUCUGGGUCUGGUAAGGGAAGAAGCCACGAUGGGUUAGUAAAGUAUGGUUUCAGCCUGGUAAAAGGAAAAGCUAAUCAUCCAAUGGAGGAUUAUCAUGUUGCUAAGUUUGUUCGGAGCCAAGGACAUCAGUUAGGAUUGUUUGCUAUAUAUGAUGGCCAUUUGGGAGACACUGUGCCUGCAUAUCUACAGAAGCAUUUGUUUUCAAAUAUCCUUAAGGAGGAAGAGUUUUGGGUCGACCCUAACAGAUCUAUCUUAAAAGCCUAUGAGCGGACGGACCAGGCAAUUCUCUCUCAUAGUUCUGACUUGGGGCGUGGUGGGUCCACUGCUGUAACUGCAAUAUUGUUUAACAGUCAGCGAUUAUGGGUGGCAAAUGUUGGAGAUUCACGGGCAGUUCUUUCAAAGGGGGGUCAGGCAGUACAGAUGUCUACAGACCAUGAGCCCAAUACCGAACGAGGCAGCAUUGAAAACAAAGGUGGCUUUGUCUCAAACAUGCCAGGAGACGUUCCUAGAGUCAAUGGGCAGCUGGCUGUUUCUCGUGCUUUUGGAGACAAAAGCCUCAAGUCACAUUUGCGAUCAGAUCCCGACGUACAAGAUACCUUCGUAGACAAUACUACUGAUGUUCUAAUCCUUGCCAGUGAUGGUCUUUGGAAGGUCAUGGGUAAUCAAGAGGCAGUUGAUAUUGCAAGAAAGAUUAGAGACCCUCUGAAGGCAGCUAAGCAACUAACAGCUGAAGCACUGAAAAGAGAUAGUAAAGAUGAUAUUUCUUGCGUUGUUGUUAGAUUUAGGGGAUGAUACCAGUAAAACCAUAUUGCUUUCCGGUGCAGUAUAUAGCAAUAAUCCAAGUUUCGUCGCACGCAAGGCUGAUUUAUGAAUGGAUUACACAACAACAACAAAUACAUACCUGGUUGGGGUAAACCUUGAAUGAGUUAUGCAGCAUGGAAAUUGGCCAAAGAAAAAGAAGGGAGAAAUAGUGGAAUGCUUCUCACUGUAAAUUUAUGCUCUUAUUUAUGUCCUGGUGUUUGAUAUUGUUUGAAUUCUUUGAGAAGGUGAUUUAGUUUGAUGUAUAUGUGGCCAUUUACUUUACUCAAAUGACCAAGCGGCUAUGUAGAUGACAUGCUUCUGUUUGUGAUUGGAGGAAUGCAUUUUGUUUUGGACCAGGUUUUUCC